UUACGUAGGGCCUACCUUCGCGAUUCUGUGGGAGCGGCGCGACUCGGGCGUUUACACCAUUUUUACUCGGGUGGAGAGACAUUCUAAGCGGGUAGGCAAUAGUGUCAGACUAGGCUACGCGCCGGAUAUUCCUGAUUGAACGAUACAGGCUAAGCACACAUAGUUUCAUCGACUAGGUUGAAUCCGUUUGCUUUUUCAGUUGAGGUUAAAGAUUCAGACUCCGGUCGAGCUGACAUGGUAGAUUAUCACGCCACAAAUAAUCAAACACAAGAAUAUUCUUCAGGCGGCAUAUAUAUGGAGCAGGAAAAUGACUGGGAUCGAGACCUGCUUCUCGAUCCGGCCUGGGAGAAACAGCAGAGAAAGACGUUCACAGCCUGGUGUAACUCUCAUCUCCGCAAAGCUGGCACACAGAUCGAUAACAUCGAGGAGGACUUCAGGGAUGGCCUUAAACUCAUGCUGCUACUGGAGGUCAUUUCAGGGGAGAGGUUACCCAAACCAGAGAGAGGAAAGAUGAGAGUUCACAAGAUCAACAAUGUCAACAAAGCACUGGACUUCAUCGCCAGUAAAGGGGUCAAGCUGGUGUCCAUCGGCGCAGAAGAAAUUGUGGACGGCAAUGCGAAGAUGACCCUGGGAAUGAUCUGGACCAUCAUCCUCCGCUUCGCCAUCCAGGACAUCUCCGUGGAAGAGACCUCUGCCAAAGAGGGCUUGCUGCUAUGGUGCCAGAGGAAGACGGCCCCCUACAAGAACGUCAAUGUUAACAAUUUCCAUAUCAGCUGGAAAGAUGGGCUGGCCUUCAACGCGCUCAUCCACAGACACAGGCCUGAGUUGAUUGACUACGAUAAGCUUAGAAAGGAUGAUCCUGUGCACAACCUGAACAAUGCUUUUGAAGUGGCUGAGAAAUACCUUGACAUCCCCAAGAUGUUGGACGCAGAAGACAUCGUGGGCACGCUGCGGCCUGACGAGAAGGCCAUCAUGACCUAUGUCUCCUGCUUCUAUCACGCCUUCUCUGGCGCCCAGAAGGCUGAAACGGCAGCAAAUAGGAUCUGCAAGGUCCUGGCUGUCAAUCAGGAGAAUGAACAUCUGAUGGAGGACUAUGAGAAACUGGCCAGUGAUCUGCUGGAGUGGAUCCGCAGGACCAUCCCCUGGCUGGAGAACCGCGCCCCAGAGAAGACCAUGACUGAGAUGCAGCAGAAGCUGGAGGACUUCCGGGACUACCGCCGCACGCACAAGCCCCCCAAGGUGCAGGAGAAGUGCCAGCUGGAGAUCAACUUCAACACGCUGCAGACCAAGCUGCGCCUGAGCAACCGGCCCGCCUUCAUGCCCUCUGAGGGCCGCAUGGUGUCGGAUAUCAAUGGAUCCUGGCACAAGCUGGAGGGAGCCGAGAAGGGCUACGAGGAGUGGCUCCUCAAUGAGAUCCGCCGCUUGGAGAGGCUAGACCACUUGGCUGAGAAGUUCCGUCAGAAAGCCACCAUCCACGAGUCCUGGACCGAUGGUAAGGAGGCGAUGUUGACCCAGAAGGACUUUGAGACGGCCACCCUGUCCGAGGUGAAGGCUCUGCUAAAGAAACACGAGGCCUUUGAGAGUGACCUGGCUGCACACCAGGACCGCGUGGAGCAGAUUGCCGCCAUCGCCCAGGAGCUCAAUGAGCUGGACUACUACGACUCCCCGAGUGUGAAUGCACGCUGCCAGAAGAUCUGCGAGCAGUGGGAUAUCCUGGGAUCUCUCACACAGAAUCGCAGAGAGGCUCUGGAACGGACAGAGAAGCAGUUGGAGUCCAUUGAUGAACUGUACCUUGAGUACGCUAAACGGGCGGCACCUUUCAACAACUGGAUGGAGGGAGCCAUGGAGGACCUGCAGGACAUGUUCAUCGUGCACAACAUCGAGGAGAUCCAGGGUUUGAUUACAGCUCAUGAGCAGUUUAAAUCCACUCUCCCUGAGGCCAACAAGGAGCGGGAGGCCAUCCAGGCCAUUCAGGCUGAGGUGCAAAAGAUAGCUCAGUACAACGGCAUCAAGCUGGCCGGAGCCAAUCCCUACACUUCCAUCACUCCCGAGAGCAUUGACAACAAAUGGGACAAGGUGGAGCAGCUGGUGCCUCAGCGUGACCAGGCUCUCCAGGAGGAGCUUGCCCGCCAGCAGUCUAAUGAUCACCUGCGGCGCCAGUUUGCCACCCAGGCAAAUGUUGUUGGACCAUGGAUCCAGAACAAGAUGGAGGAGAUUGGACGGAUAUCCAUUGAGAUGAAUGGAACCCUGGAGGAUCAGCUGACCAACCUGAGGGAGUAUGAGCAGCGUAUCAUCGAGUACAAGCCCAACAUCGACCAGCUGGAGGGAGACCACCAGCUCAUCCAGGAGGCCCUCAUCUUUGACAACAAAUACACCUCCUACACCAUGGAGCACCUGCGGGUGGGCUGGGAGCAACUGCUGACUACGAUUGCACGCACCAUCAACGAGAUUGAGAACCAGAUCCUCACCCGUGAUGCCAAGGGUAUCAGCCAGGAACAGCUGCAUGAGUACCGCACCUCCUUCAACCACUUUGAUAAGGACCACAGUGGUGCUCUGAUGGCAGAGGAGUUCAAGGCCUGCCUGAUCAGCCUGGGCUACGACGUGGAGAACGACAAACAGGGUGAGGCUGAGUUUACCCGCAUCAUGGGCAUCGUGGACCCCAACAACAGCGGAGCAGUCACUUUCCAGGCCUUUAUUGAUUUCAUGUCCAGAGAGACCACUGACACAGACACGGCCGACCAGGUUAUCGCCUCCUUCAAGAUUCUGGCUGGCGACAAGAACUUCAUCACGGCUGAGGAGCUGAGGAGAGAGCUGCCCCCUGACCAGGCAGAGUACUGCAUUGCCCGCAUGGCUCCCUACGCGGGCCCAGACGCCACCCCAGGAGCCCUGGACUACAUGUCCUUCUCCACCGCACUCUACGGAGAGAGUGACCUCUAAAAGCACACGCGGGCGCCACAAUCAGACACCAGCUGGGGAUGGGGUGGGGUGGGAGACGGGGAAGGGAGACGGGGAUGCUUUCCAAGGCUUGUCAUGCUCAGAGCAGUUUGGGUUCUGGGUUCAGCAGUAGCUGCAUAUUUUAAUAUUUUUUUGUUGUCGUUUGUUUGUGUGUUUGGAGGGAAGGGAGGGAAGUGGCGUUAGGGGAGGGGCCUAAGCAAAUUUGGCAGAUAUAGAUCUGGAGAUGUGCAAGGUUUAGACAAAAACAAACAGAAUGAUUUAUGGAUGGAGAAUUAUGGAGUGCAUUAAAUGUCCGCUGCCCCUCUCGCAACCAAAUUUGCUGGAGAAGUGGAACUCGGACAUUUAACCUCAACCUUUUCAUUUUUUUUUUCUCCUGAUUUAUUUUUAUUUUUAAAAAAAGCUUACCUCCAGCAAAUGUGAGUUAACGGGUUAAGUGCUGUACAUACUUAUUUUUUUUCCAGUAUGCAAACUACAUUCAGAUAACACACGGCAAGCUUGUAGGGCUUCUGGAUGAUCAUAAAGAUAAAAACAUUAUGAAAUAGUGAAAUAAAUACAGCAGUUUCAUUUUUGCAGAGUACUGUAGAUAGGUUUGCAUUAAGGCUAAGUUUAAAUUCUGAUCUCCUGUAGAACCUUUUUCUUAUGACUGUUGAAUGGUACACAUGCGUGGGAAUGCCUAAGACCUCUGAAAUGCCUCGGAGCGUCAAUCCAUACUAAACACCUUCUGCUGGCUUUUGACUUCAGUUGACUAAAGUUUUACAGAAUCCCUCCCCUAACCCUUUCCCUCCUCCUUUGUCAUAAGUUAACAUCUGGUUCAUCCAUGACACCUAACCAUCCGUGAUGGAGUAGUGAAUGUCCAUGUAUGUCGGCAUCAACAAGCUAAGGAAAUGAUUCUGGCACUGAAAGAUGGAUUAGACUAAGUAACCCCUCCUGCCUUAAACGCAAUGGUGAGAGACAGUCACCACACCACCACUUGAGAAGGUGGGGAGAGUGAAAGAAAAGCAAAGCUUCAAAAGUAAUGUGCCUGGUAGUGGCUGAGGCCCUGGUCUGUCUGUCUAUCUCUUUCUGCCUCCCUCCCUCCAUCAGACUCGUUAUCCCCCACACAAAAGGCCACAGGCAGAGGGAGGGAAGGAGAGACAAGAAGGGGCCAAGUUUUAACAUUCCAUAUUGUCUUAAAGAAAGGAUAUUACUGUACUCCGAUCUAUGCAAUCAUAUAUAUAUACAAUGUAAACCAUGUUCUGAGGGGGAAAUUGAAAGAAUUGAGCGGUCAUCUGAUUGGUCUAAUAUGUUCAAAAUGAUUUCCUGUAAUAUCUGAGGGAAGGGGUUGGAGAGGUUUGGAAGCAGAAAGGGAGAGAAAGAGGAGUAAAGGAGAGGUGGUGGCGAUGUUUGGAGGGAGAAAGGGAGAGAAAGAGGAGGAGAGGAAGACAUGGACUAAAAGCCUGUUCUAUUUUCUGCCAGGUUGGAAAGCAUUGAACUUAAAAAAAAUUGUGAUUUUCUUCAUUUUUGUACUCUUUAAUAUCAAACCUGAUCUGCUGUACUGGUUUGUUUGCUAAGAAACAAAUGAAACCUGCUUUCUGUCAAGUGAAUUUCACAUGCACACAUAAAGUUUCCUUAUAAAAUAUUACCACUUGAAUUUUG